UGGGUUCAGUUUCGGUUCGUGUCCAAACAAUAACCUGUCAAGUCAAGUCUCUUUUGCCCUCCUCUGUCUAUCUAUCCACCGACGCCCGAACUCGAAAAAAAACUCCACAAAAGCUUCCGAGCUCUAGUGCCAAUGGCGGGUUUGACAAUUUCACCUCCUCUCAGUCUUUACUUCUCUUCUCGAACUAGAAACUCUAAACCCACUUCAUAUGAUCUAUCUCACAAUCAAAGAAAUCUAACAAAACGUAUAGUUUCUGCGCUUCCGAGUCCGUAUGUCGAUUCAUUGAAAGCUGGACUUUCGAGUAAUGUCUCUACAAAGAUUGGCAACAAGGAUCAUCAUAGCAUUGAUCCAAGGUCACUCUCACUGUUUAUGUAUCUAACUGUCUUUGUUUCUUUGACUGUAUGUCUUGGAUAAAGCCUAAAGUUGGAACAGUAGCGUUUGGAGUAGCAGCGAGUCAAGGAGCACUUCUUCUAGCUGGAGGUGAGAAAGGGAUGCGCUAUGCAAUGCCUAACACUCGUGUCAUGAUCCGUCAACCUCAAACUGGAUGUGGAGACGUGAGGAGACAGGUGAAUGAAGCCAUUGAAGCCAGACAAAAAAUUGACAGGAUGUAUGCAGCCUUCACUGGACAACCUCUUGAGACAGUGCAGCAGUACACUGAAAGAGAUCGUUUCUUAUCCGCUUCUGAGGCGCUUGAGUUUGGGCUGAUCGAUGGUCUACUGGAAAUAGAAUACUGAAACAUCAUACAAGACAAUGCACAUUAGACGGUUCAUUGCAUGUUCAAAGCUUCCUAGUUUCAUUUGAAUAUGAACAGUUGUAACUGACUUUGUGCAUAAACCAGCUUGGUUUUAGUGUCUACUAAACAGACUAAAACCAAGCUGUCCCAUUUUUCUAUUUGCGCUGAACCAAUAUGAAAACUUGUGUUCUAUUUACGUUAGGUUCAGCUUGUUACUAUUCAGUUAGGUAAUUAAAAUCAUAUACAAUGCCAAUGCAUUUGUAUCGCUGAA